GCGCUGCGCAGGGGCCGGGCCCGCCGCAUGCCGGGGCCGCGGGCGCUGCUGGGGCUGGGGCUGCUGGUGGCGGCGGCGGCGCGGGCGGGCGGGCGCUGCCCGGGCCGGGGCUGGGGCUGGGACCGGAGCUGGGACCGGGCCUGGUGCCGCCCCCGCCGCGCCAUGCACGGGCCCAGCGCGGGGCCGCAGGGGCUCCGCUUCCUCGGGCAGGACGAGGCCCAGGCCAUUGACCAGGAGCUCUUCACCGAGUACAAGUUCAGCGUGGACCAGCUGAUGGAGCUGGCGGGGCUGAGCUGCGCCACCGCCAUCGCCAAGGCCUACCCGCCCAGCUCCUUCACCACGAGCCGGCCCAGCGUGCUGGUCGUGUGCGGGCCGGGGAACAACGGCGGUGACGGCUUGGUCUGCGCCCGGCACCUCAAAAUGUUUGGCUACGAGCCAACCGUGCAUUACCCCAAGCGCCCCAGCAAGCCCCUGUUUGAAGGUUUGACCACCCAGUGCCAGAAGAUGGACAUCCCCUUCCUGCCUGAGUUCCCGGCUGAGGCUGCGCUCAUCGAUGAGCUCUACGGCUUGGUGGUGGAUGCGAUUUUCGGGUUCAGCUUCAAGGGCGCGGUGCGGGAGCCCUUUGGCAGCAUCCUCAGCACCCUGGAGCGCAUCACGGUGCCCAUCGCCAGCAUCGACAUCCCCUCGGGCUGGGACGUGGAGAAGGGGAAGGCGGACGGGCUCCAGCCUGACAUGCUCAUCUCGCUGACGGCACCCAAGAAGGCAGCGAUGCAUUUUGCUGGCCGCUACCACUUCCUCGGGGGCAGGUUCGUGCCCCCCGCGCUCCAGAAGAAAUACGCUCUGAAUCUGCCACCGUACCCCGAGACGGACUGUGUCCUGCAGCUCAGCAAGGCCUGAGGACGGGCAGCCCAGGGUGGGGGGCUCGGGGUGCCAGACUGGGCUGCAGCGCAGCAAAUCGCAGCCUAAUUCUGCCAAAGCCACCGCUCUCUGCGAGGAGGAUGCUCAGCACCUCUUUGGGUUUCAGUCCUACCCAGCUCUGGCAGAAGGGUCGAAGUUUGGUGGCCAAAUGCCCCCCCUGAGCUCUGGACUGAAGGGGCAGUUGCCAGGCAGGCUGGACUUGCUCCCUAAUCUGAGUGCUUUGGGGUGCAGACGCAGUCCAGGGUCUGCUACGUAGCUCACGUCACGAUAGUUUUGCUGCAAUAAAGAUUUAUUGAUGCCCUUGAAAAAAA